AAACCUCUGGAUCUAAAAAGCGCUUUUCUCAAAAUAUUGAUUCUAUGGAUGACGAUGAACAAGUAGAUUCUUCCUCAAAUUUAAAAGUUAAACGAGCAAAAUACUCUUGUGAUAAAAAUACUACAGAUGAUGGUAUAACUGAUUCCGAAUAUGAAACACUUGUCCAGCCAUCUAAAUCUAAAAAAUCAUCAGAUUUGUGUUUUAAAUUAAAAAGAACUGAAGAUGGUGUUCCAACUUAUUCAUUUGGCCCAAGAGUCCAGCAAUAUUGGUCAUGUGAUAUGAUACGCUUGUUAAUGGAUUGUAUUGAAGCAAAUGUGGAUGUAUUUUGGAAAAAUCCUACAAUGUUUUGGGAUUGGUUGGCUACAAAUGUUUUCACAAAUAGAACUCCGUUUGCAAUUGCUCAGAAAUUUUAUGAUUUAAGACCAGACAAACAUGCUAAAGGAUUAAGAGCUCUCAAAAAGCUUAAAAAAAAAUCUGAUACGCAACUGAUUGAAAAAAUUGAACGAUGUUUUCAACGUUUGUAUGAGAAGAAGACUUGGUCCCGAGAUCGUGAUAUGAAUGUAACGUUCAAAUACCCACCUGAGUAUGACCCAGAACAAAUAUUGUCGGAAAAUACUAUAACUAAGCCACUACCCGCUAUUUCUCUCAAAAUUGAUGAAUCAGAUUUAAAUUUUGCAAAACAUUUACUAAAAUACAACUACUCAGAUGAUGUUUAUGCGUUGAAUAAAUUUUCUGGCGCCAGUGAUAAAAUACGAUGGCCCGAGUUGAUAGAAAAUCUAGGACGGGAACCACAGAAAUAUGAACCAUUUGACUGGACAGAUCAAGAAGAAAAUUCUGAUUCAAUUACAAUUUCGGAAGAAACUUCUGAUUCAAUGACAGUUUCAAAAAAUGCAAAUGCAUCCAUAGCAUUACUACCUGAUGAUAAAUUAAAAUUCGAAUUAUUUAAUCAAAGCUCAACUAGGAAAUACAAUUUGAUGGAACAAGAAGUAAAAUACAUUGUAAAUACACUGAAUAGUUUGAAUGAGAAACAAAAACGUCCUCAACCUCCAGCGCCAGAUCCAAAGAAACGUUCUCAACCUCCAGAUUCCAUCACUUUCGCGGUUGAAGAUGCGUUAAGGAAAAUUCUGGACGCUAUUGGGUCCCUACAUCAAACAGUCAUACAGGAUACAACUCAAUCCUUUACGACUGAGCAUGUAAAUUCAGAAGAUUAUAUUUCUAAUGAGCCUACCAUUAAGAUUUCUAAUGAGCCUACCAUUAAGUGGGAUACCAUCUUACGUGCCGCGAAUAUUGCAGGAUUACCACACAGGUAUUAUAAAUUAAUUGUCAUUCGAAAUUCAAUAAAGGAGAUGAGGAUAGGUGAAUUUGAAGAUCUAAAUAAUCAGCCUUAUCUGGAUGGUCAUGCACAGUUGAGCAUCUGGGAUACAGAAGUUGAAUAA